GUAAUUGGCUGUCCCUUUCCUCCAAAACUCGACCUCGAGCUCAAUCGCCCUGAAUCUGCUCACAAGCGCAGCCGCAUCAGGAGGAACAGAGAAAAAGAAGAACAUUCCACGUACCCCAUCGAAGCCAUGUUCAAACCCACGCCCUCCCUCCAAAGAAUGGUACGGCGCCUCCAGCUCACCACGAAGCAAGCCGGCAAAGAAUACUACAAAGGAAACCGCGUGGGAUCCCUAGGCAAAAUCGACAAAUACGGCCGCUUCCAUGCCGAUUUCGAUAAGAUCAGAACCUAUGUGUAUCCCGCGAAAGGAGUGAAGAACUUUGAGUUGACUCCCUUCGUUACCGCACAAUCCACCCGCAACAUCCAAGUAUCACAAGAUGCGUAUAGAGCACCAUCGAAGGUUGUCACUGGCGCAGAGUAUUUGCAGAUGUGGAAAGAGCAUGGUGGUAGUGAUUACGUCGAAACGCCCAAGUAUGUGAACGGUGAAGCGAAGAGGGGGAAUAUGCCUGAAGUGUGGGAGGAGAAGGGCGAGAAGCCCAAGGCCUAGAAAGCGGCCAUCGAUCGUGUAAGGAAAGAGAACGAAGGACUGUAAAACAUUUAUUGUGUCUAUACCAAAC